UGACAACAUGCCAACCAGCAGCGCGCUACUGAACUGUCCUCUCAACGGUGUCUACAUUUGGAACAUUUUCCAACUUGGAUAGAGGGUUUUUGUUGUAGUGGAUACGCGUUAUAUCAACAUCGAGGACUUGCAUUGUUGUUGGCAAAAAAUGAUCAUGAGAAAGUAAGAGAAAUGGAUUUUCUGGCCAUCUUUUGUUCAGCGUUUCUCUGCAGUCUAUCAGCCUCCGCAUCAAAGAUAUUCAGUGCAGACUUCUAUGAACCAAGAGGACAACGGAUAUGCCGACGCGGGACGGAUCGUCCGUGCUAUAAAAUCGCCUACUUCCAGGACAGCAGACGCAAAGUGAACUUUGAGGAGGCGAGCCGCGCCUGUCGGAGUGAUGGAGGAGAGUUGCUCAGCAUCGAGUCCGAGCAGGAGCAGGAGCUGAUCAAGAACUUUGUCCAGGAGCUGCGGGCCGCGGAUGGAGACUUCUGGAUCGGGCUGCGGCGAAAUGAGGGUUACGAAGUGACCAGUGCUGACUGCCCAUCUCAGUACUACUGGCUCGAUGGAAGCCAUUCUCGAUUCAGGAACUGGCAUUGGGAUGAGCCAUCGUGUGGCUAUGAGGUGUGUGUGGUGAUGUACCACCAGCCCUCCGCUCCCCCGGGCCUUGGAGGCCUCUACAUGUUCCAGUGGAAUGACGACAACUGCGAGACAAAGAACAACUUCAUCUGCAAGUACACUAAAGAUAUCUCUCCUGGGCCUACCCCAUCAGGAAAUGACUCUGCUCCAGGUGCUCCAAAGCCAUCUCCCAGGUAUACUCCUGUGACGCAAAACACAGAAGGGAUGAAGGUUGUUGUAUCUCCAAACCCAGACAAUAGUGUAAAUAUUGCCUACAUCAUUCUGCCAACCAUCCCCCUGCUCCUACUCCUGAUCGUGGCAUCUGGAGUCUUUUGCUUCAAGCUUCUCACAAAGAGGAGCAAGGAUCGCACCGAGACCCCCUGCACCAAGGAGCCGGGCUACUGGGUCUCGGCAGACCUGUGCGACAGCCCCAACCAGGACGUCUACAACGUCAUCCGGAAGCAGCAUGAAGUGGACCUGACCUCGGGGACGCGUCCCGACAUCAAGAACACCUCCUUCCUGGGCUCCUCGCCGGACACGCCGCCCGGCGACUACGACAACCUGGCCGGCCGCGACACGGAGAGCGGCUUCGUGACCCUGGCCAGCACAGAGAGCGGCUUUGUGACCAAUGACAUGUAUGACAUGUGCCAGCUGCGCGGUAGCGGCCGGUACCACCGCGACACUGCCUGGUUGGACAGCGACAUGUACGGCUACUGACUGAGAUGAGAGACUCCUCCAGCCUUUGCCCUCCGUCCCGUGACCAACUAACUGCCACUUUGUGCUGACUAGUAAGGGCUUGCUCCUCAUAUCCACCCAACCCCUCGAAACCACCCUCACUCCACACAGCCUGUCUUUUAGCGAUCUCAACACUGAGCGUUGAUAUGCCUCUUACUAUCCCACUGAUCAUGUCCUGGUUGUAUCAAAGGUAUCAUCCUGGAGUUACGGUAUCUGCAUGCAUUUCAAUGAACAUCUGUCCCCUGCUCUCCCAUGAUAUUGUGCUGCUGACCAAGUGACUGCACAGUGGAGAUGGCAGACCAGAAGCAUGGGACUCCCCCCAUCCUUUGGCUGCAUGAAGAGACUUGAAACCUCAAAGUGCUCAUCAACUCACUCUCAUAUCCCUGGCGUGUUUUCUUGACGAUUCUUGACCAGGUGGCAAUGUUGGAUGAAGAGGGUGUACCCAUCACAUGUCAUGCUGACACGGUCACCUUAGACUCAGACACUGGCCUAAACCUAACCGUCAGUGAUGUCAUGUCGCCGCAAGCGUAUGGGUUUGAGUGCAGUGGCAGUUUGAAAUAUCAUAUCCAUACCCUUGGUGUCAAAUAUUUCUGCCUGGUCAAGGAGUCAACAAAUGACGUGUCGGAAUGAUAUCAUGUAUCAAUAGAACUCUCUGUCAGUAUUCUCUCAGCAGUAGUGGUACUCAAGUGUAUGAAAUAUCUCUCUAAGCAAGGACUUUCAAGAGGAUCUGAGUGUCAACUGGUGUGAAACAGAAUGCCUCUAGUCUGAAGACAUUCAGCUAAUGUUAGAGGUUGUGUGAUAUCUGUGGAGAAUUAGGGUUUUGAAGAAAGUUACAGAAUUGUUCAUUGUUGUAGAAUGCAUUUGUAUUACACCAAUAACGCCUGUUCAAUAUAAUUACACGCCAACCUACACAAUAUUGUGUUUAAGAGACCAACAUUUACCAAGAAGGCAGAAGCCUUCUUAUAAUUUACCAAGAAGCUUGUUAAGGUCCACUUCCAAUUUCCUGUUUCCAAGAAGCUUGUUAAGGUCCACUUCUAAUUUCCUGUUUCUCUUAAUGGAUCAGCUAAAACCAAAUUGAACUCAACGACGACUGUGUGUGCAUCUGCAGGUGCAUUUGCAUGCUCUCCUAAUGCUGCUUUAGUGGGGACUGUUAUUGCAGGGGCGGGCGGGGGGCGGUAGAGACCUCUGCCCUCUGCAGAUUGCCAUUGAUUGGAUUGCCAUUGCCUGAGAUAUUGAUCCUGAGGUACUUGCUGCUUUGCCUUACUCUGGAAUGUGUUUUGUCAUGUCAAGGAAAACUAACAGAAUCAGGUUAAUGAAUGACAAGUCAACACAAAAAGGCUAAUAAUAAUGAUGUCCAUUUACAAUGCAAAUGGAAACUGAUGAUGUGUUACGCAGGUAAACAAGUGUUUUGUAAUUUUUUUGUAUAUUGCAAGAUUCAUGUGUAGAGUAUGAAGUGAAAAGCAUGAUGAAGAUGUUAAGGUGAUCCAGGCUGACCAUUUUACUCACACUGAUACAGGGUGGAACCUUCAUUAAAAGGUCAAUCC